GAGGAGCCUCCCUCUCGGCCUUCAGGAGGGGCUGAAGGUGACUCUCCUCUCAGCUGGGAUGCAGAGGGAGCUCCUGGGGGUCCAUCCGACCCGCUACACCGUCCUCAUCCAGGAGUAACGACACACUCCUGCAUUUACCGAACCUUUGCGAUCCCGUUACGGCUGAGCGUGAUAUUUUCAGAUUUUUGGUGAAGGACAAAGCAUUUCUUUCUACCCAUCUGCGUCUUGUUGGGCUCCCGUGCUGGUGUUUGCAUGCAUGUGUUCUGCACCGUACGGGCGGAAAAAGCGCCCCAGAUCGGCAGGGAUCAUUUUCCCCGUCAGUAAAGUGGCGCAGACGGAGCCGGAACGCAGGGAGAGCACGGAGGAGGUCGUGGACGGAAGCAGGAUGACCGUGCAAGAAUUCAACAACCUCGUAGCUCUGUACCGGGAGCAGGUCAUUUCCGUGGGAGAGAUCUCAGCAGACUGUCCCUCUCUGCGGGCUCUGAUGCACCACACACGGACCAAAGGAUGCUCCAUGGCCCGGGCUGCACACCAGGACCUCGCCGUCAUCUCUGUGUCAGGUCCAGAGGACGGAGAGAUCCACCCUGAGAUCUGCCGGCUCUUCAUCCAGCUGCAGUGCUGCCUGGAGAUGUUCAUCACAGAGAUGCUCAAAUCCGUGUGCCUACUCGGGGUGCUGCAGCUGCACAGAAAAAGAACGGACUCCGAGCCGAAGUUGGACUUCAGGGUGGAUGAAAGCUCAGACGUCCCGAUCCUGGAGGAGCGAUCCUCCUCCCCCAUAGACUUCCUGACGGAGCAGUGGCUGGUGGGAACUGAUAUUGAAAAUAUCGAGAGUCCAAAUUCAAAACAGCUCAGCUGGAUUUCAGUUGGACUGAGCUGUUUCUGUGACCAGUACCCCUGGGGAUCCUGGUCUGCCUGCUCCAGGACCUGUAACUACGGGAUACAGCACAGGCACAGGACAUUUCAGUAUGAUGAUUACUUCUGGAAGGCCAGCUGCAAUCAGCUGUGUGAGAGAAACGACAGGAGAGCUUGUAACGAGCAGGCCUGUCCAAUCAACUGCCUGCUAACAGAGUUUGGACCUUGGUCUGACUGCUCGCCCUGCGCCAAGAAACAGUUACGGACGCGGUCCGUUGCGAGGCCGUCACAGUUUGGAGGAUCAGCCUGCAGCGAGGAGCUGACAGAGGAGAGGCCUUGUUUCCCCUCCACAGAGUGCAAGUUAGCACCCAUCGACUGCAGAGACGACUUUAGGUGUGAUAGUGGUCGCUGCAUCAACUCGACCCUGACGUGCAACAGGCAGAACGACUGUGGAGAUAACUCGGAUGAGAGAGAUUGUGUCGACUUUAAAAUUGUGUGUCCAGCAGAGAAGAGAGUGGCCCCCGGGGCGGACCUGGUGGGAAACGGGUUUGACGCCCUGGCAGAGGAGCCAAGGGGAGCGGUGCUGGACAACAUGUUUAUGGGAGGAUCUUGCAUCAUCAGGAGGCCUGCGAGCACGCUGCUCUACCACCGAGUCCCACACAACUUUGAGAGCCUGAACAUCAAGGCUGCAGUGGUGGAGGACUUCAGCACAGAGCCCCAGCCUCUGGUCACCGAGCCCAUCGACAUGAAGACGUCAUCUUCAUCUGAAAGCAGCCAACGAGGUCAAGGCUUGUUUUUCUUCCCCAUCUUUUACAUCAGCGGGAGUUCUUCGUCAAGUGAAAGCUCCAAGAAACAGGCUUUUGAAGCUUCAAAGAAAAAGGACUCAAAGUUCUUGAGGGUGCACCAGGUUCUGCCCGUGUCCACCUUCAAGGUGAGGGACCCGGGGGACCUCGUCCUGUCGCAGCCUUUCCUCCAGUUCCUCCACGCCCUUCCUCUUAUGUACAACUACGCCCUCUACAGAGAGAUCUUCCAGCGCUUUGGGACGCACUACUACAGCUCAGGGGUACUGGGAGGCGACUAUGACCUGUUGUACCAGUACAGCCGUGAGGAGCUCAAGAGUUCAGGUGAAACUGAAGAGAACAUCAAAAGCUGCCUGGGUAAAGAGGUCGCCUGGACCGUCAUCCUCUACACACAAUACUCCAGUGUAACCCGAUGCACCGACAACAGGAUGACACAGAAAUAUCAAGGCUCGUACGUUCAGUCAGCAGAAAAGUCUUUCUCCAUGGUCAAAGGAGGUCGAACCAGAGAGGCGGCCGCUCUGGCCUGGGAAAGAGAGGGACCUACUCCUGACAAAACCUCAUACAAAAACUGGGCCAAAUCUGUGCUUGACAACCCUGCUGUGGUCGAAUACAAGCUGCUUCCCAUCAUAGAUCUGGUUCGGGGGAUCCCGUGUGCUGUCACAAAGAGGAGACACUUGAGGAAGGCCCUGCUGCAGUACCUGGAGGAGUUCGAUACCUGCAAGUGCGCCCCCUGUCCGAACAACGGCAGGCCGGUUCUCUUCGGCACAGAGUGCAAGUGUGUUUGCCAAACGGGCACUUUUGGCACAAACUGUGAGAGAAGAGCUCCCGACUACAGCUCAGAGGGAGUGGAUGGUUACUGGAGCUGUUGGGGGCCGUGGAGUAACUGUGGAGCUACAAUGAAGAGACGUCGAACAAGGAGGUGUGAUAACCCCGCUCCCCUCGGAGGAGGGAAAGCCUGCACAGGUCCUGACAGACAGGAGGACCCGUGUCACAUCUCCAUAUUUGAAAAACGGGAGACCUGUGACAAUGACGACGACUUCACUGUGGGCUGGAGGGACGAGCUGCCUCCAGGCGUGCAGGGCUGUUUGAGGCCGCAGAGACCUGAGAACAGCUUCCUCAGGAAAGCGAAGCAGUAUUAUGCAUUUGGAGAGGAUGAGGAGUUUCAGUGCUUCACUGGAUUUGAACUGGAGGGUUUUCAGUUCAUCAACUGUCUUCCUGACGGGACGUGGAGUCAACCAAUGGGAAGCUGCAGAAGGCAGCUGUGCCUGCCUCUUGAGAUCCCUGAUGACAUGAUGCUGUACCCCAGCAAGGACGAGUACAGAAUCGGGGAAGUGGUGGGUUUAAACUGCAACGAGCCCGGCCUGUUGCCGGUGCCAUCAGGCUCCUUCAAAUGCAGCAGCAGUUUCACGUGGGAGCCUCCAUUACCUGCAGAGCUACGCUGCACUGACGAGGAACCGUAUGUUCCUGAUGGUCAGUGUGGUCCAGGAGAGAAACAUCAGGGCUCUCAAUGUGUCUGUAUCCAACGGGAAAGCUGCCUUUCACAGCCCCCGAGUCUCUGUGUCCUGAAUGAAGUUGUCGGUGUCCAGGUCUUGAUGUCUCUCUGUUCCUACCACGCUGGUCGUUGCCACGGUGAUCCGCUUUUCUACAUAAGCGAUGGCUCGUGUGAUGCGGUCGACUCCACCAAACUGGAGUGGGUCAAGUUCAGAGCCAAAAUGUCCGUCAAGAGCUCAGUGAAGGAGCCCUGCGGUCUGGACACCUGUUACGAAUGGGAGACCUGCUCAGCAUCCAAGAAGUGUGAGUGCAGAGCGGCUCGGGACUGUCCCAGCAGUGAAGGGCCCAUGUUCUGUGUGAAGCUGACUAGGACUCAGAGGACUCGCAGCCUGGAUCUCUGUUCGAUGGCCGCCCUCAAAUGUGUCAGCUAUCAGUUUGAGGUGCUUCAGGAGGGCAGUUGUGAGUCCAUAUGAUCUCAACAAAGCUUCCCUAUUCUGUUACACUCAAGAACUGUAGCAUAAAACUGAAAAUAACCACAUAGUUACAAAUAACUUCACAGAAUUACAGCUGUUUUUACAUUUCACUGUAAACUAAAAGGGCCAAUUUAGAAACGAAAUGACAUAUUAGUAAAAACUACAAACAGGGGUCCAUACAACUACAAGACAGUCCGUCACUGGGCUUAAACUGGUUUUGGAUUUACUUGGAAACGCUCAGAGCCUCUAAAAACAGCCAGGUGGCAGCAUGAGACCACAGAUGAGAAGUAACCGAGACCGUCUCAAAACCUUUUCUGAAUAUUACAACAUUUCUCUUGGAAGUGCUGCUCUUUUCAAAAUAAAAAGCACCAGGGUUUGGCAGACACACUGCACACUGCCACUUAAGGGUACAGUAAAGUACAAUUAAGAUUCUGAUGUGAUACACAUGUAAUAAAAAAAGAAAAACAUUGUC